ACGGCCCUGAGUAGUCCUUUUAUAAAAAACCCAAUGCCACUCCCUCUCGCCUAGAUUCGGAAAGGCUUGGAUGGUCCAGGUUAGCAGCAAGCAGUUGCUACGGUAAGUCGGGAUGAUCUUCCGCCGAAAGACCAUACGCAGCCAAGCACCCACUCCGCAGGUGCGAGGGAGAUCCCCCACGCUGAUUCGCCUCGUCAAACAGAUGCUAUCCCCAUCUCUGCGGCGGGGAGCACCUCUUCCCUUCGGCUUUGUAGCCGAUGUCCUCUUUCACAUCAUCAUCAGCGGCGAGGUGACCACGAUACUCAGUCUCUGCCGGCUGAACAAGGCCACGUAUGAGACCAUCAAGAUCCUUGAGCCGCAUAUCUGCACCUGGUUCAUGCGAUGCCACGGCAUUGACACCUUCGAUCCCAUCCUCACCAUGAGCCCGUGGACCGGGGAGCAGACCCCGUUGACGAUUCACACUCUGGUCCGGUUUCUCCAUCGGCAUAACAUCGCCCGAGACUUAUCGCGACAUCUUGUGCCCGCCGUAUGGGGCCCUUUCUGCGAGGAAGACAACACAGAGAUGAAUUUCGAGGCAGAACUACGGCUGGCGCAACGGCUGGAACGGGGCUUACACGUUCUGUUUCAGAUGGCCGAUAUCGCUCGGGAUACGGAGAGGCUCAUGCCGCCGAAGAAGCCCCUGGCGCCAGUGGUCAGCGGGCGGCUGUUUGUUCUGGGAAAGAUGCUGGACGAGUACGACGAGCUUCCGCCGCAGAGACGAAAGAUGGUGACGUUCGAAGAAUACACCAACCAUGUGUAUACCGUGUUAAAAUGGGGCUAUGUGGAAGCGGACGUGGGCAGACGCCGGCUGGAAUUCCGCGGCUGGCUCGACGAACAGACCGAGAUCGACUUCCACGCGGCGCUGCGGAUGUUGCGGGAGCUGAUGGAACGCAUGCUCCUGCGCCACGGCCCGAAGGACUGGCACCGGGACGCACGGAACGAAUACAGCGUCAUCUCGUGGUUCAUCCUGAAGCAGCCCCCACGGUCCCUGGCGAAAUUGUUCCUGGACCCUCAGAACGAAUGCUGCGAACUGGAGGUGAAGGGCGCGGACUGCGGCGCAGCCAGGAAGUGCCAUUUCUCCGACCCGCUGGACAACUACUGGAAGGCCUGGAAGAACGUCCCCGACCUCGGCUGUCAGGACUGUGACUGCAAGCGACGCGUGCGCAGCUGGAGCGUGAAACCGGCCCUGAUCGAUGCCCGCGGACGGGAGUUCAACCGCUGCGCGGAGCGAUACCUGAGGGAGAUGUGGGGCCAGCGACACGUCGGCCUCCAUCGUGCUUUUACAUUGGGGGUGUUCAGUGCGGUAAUAGGGUAGCAGGAG